AUGAGUCGUCAAGCCCGACGCGCUCGGAAUCAGCUAUUUUGCUUCUUGGGAAUACUAUGUUUUAUAAUAUAUCUCAAUCGACCCCAAAGCCAAGACAAAACAUUCUCAUGGACGAAAGUCCAAUACAAAACAACAGCCGAGAAACUUCCUGAAGCCCGUGGCAUUUGUCCUAAGCUGUCAGGCACCAAAAAGCCAGCUCUAGUUGUCUCUCAUGUUGCUGCAGAUGGCGAUAAAGCUUGGCUAAACAAGCUGGCCAAGAAGUACCAUUUAUGCGUCUAUGAGGUCGACGCCAAAUUAAAUCAGAAGUCCAUUUAUCUCCAGGUGCCCGCAAACCGAGGCCACGAGACGAUUACCUAUCUGACAUUCCUGAUUGAUAAUUAUGCGGACUUCCCUGAACAUGGCGCAGUUUUCGUUCAUGGGAGUCGAUAUGCCUGGCAUAACGAUCAUCCAGAGUAUGAUAAUCUGGCUUUGCUCACCGCAUUGGAUGUCCCCGCUGCUCAAGAGCCGCGCGGGUAUUACAAUCUCCGCUGCGAUUGGAGCACAAGUACCUGUUUACCGAAGGUAGCAGCACAGGGAAGUCUAGAGAUGCGAUUACAGUCCGUCGUCGAGCCAUGGAGUGCACGUGCCGCAUCUGACAUCGCCUUACCACGCGCACUGGCAAAUAUCUUCGGCGGCGAUGAGGCUAGUCAUGGCUCUAACUUGCAUCUCGGACGUACCGAAACUGUAAAAGCGCAGUGCUGUGGACAGUUUGUUAUAUCGAGGGCCCGCGCGUGGCAGCAUACGAGAGAAGAGUAUGUCGCUCUACGUCAGUGGCUCCUUGAUGGAACCGACAAGGCUGCACCCGCGGACGAUCGCGUUGCCGGGCGUAUCUUGUCUUACAUUUGGCACAUCAUGUUCACGGAGCCAAAUGCUGCUGAUCAGAUUCAUUUGGGUCAACUCAAUAAUGAUGCGUGUCCGUCUGCAAAGGACUGUUAUUGUCGCUUGUAUGGUCGGUGUGAUCUUGAAUGUAGCAAUCCUGGGACUUGCAGUGGGCAGUAUCGGGUACCACAGGACUAUAAACUUCCUGACGAUUGGGAAGCGACGCAUAAACAUGAGGCCUAA